UAUUCUGUGAUUUUACAAUUCACUACAGAAUAUACUGUAUUGUAAAUAUUACAAAUGUUCUCAAUUUUAAAUUAAUUAUUAUUAAAAGUAUUUUAAAGUUGCAUCAAUACAUUCAAAUUACGUUUGUAAUCUUAAUUUAUAAAUUACACUUAUUCACAUUUAAAAAAAAAUAUCAUUCAUACUUGUAAUUGUUGUUUACUUUUAUACCUGUCUUGUUACUCAAUAUUUUUCUUGUUGAAAUAAUAAAUACUAAAUAAAUAACUUAUUGAACUACUUAUUUCAUAGUUUCAACAGCAUUAAGUAUGACUAAAGCUAAGCCAAAUUUGCCUUGGGUUGAGAAAUAUCGUCCAAAUACAUUAGAUGAUUUGAUUUCACACGAAGAUAUUAUCCAGACAAUUGGUAAAUACAUUAAAGAAGAUCAGUUACCUCACUUGUUGUUUUACGGGCCACCCGGAACUGGAAAAACUAGUACAAUCUUAGCAUGUGCUAAACAAUUGUAUACACCAGCACAGUUUCGCUCAAUGGUACUUGAAUUAAAUGCUUCUGAUGAUAGAGGUAUAAAUGUUGUACGAGGACAAAUUAUGAAUUUUGCAUCAACAAGAACAAUUUUUAAGUCUGGUUUCAAGUUAAUUAUUUUGGAUGAAGCUGAUGCCAUGACUAACGAUGCCCAAAAUGCUUUGAGAAGAAUAAUUGAAAAAUUUACUGAAAAUGUUCGGUUUUGUAUGAUUUGCAACUACUUAAGUAAAAUAAUUCCUGCUUUACAAUCUCGAUGCACUCGUUUUCGUUUUGGUCCUCUACUUUCUAAACAAAUUAUGCCUAGACUUGAUUAUGUAAUUGAACAAGAAAAUGUAAAAGUAACAGAUGAUGGUAAAAAAGCAUUAAUAGAUUUAGCCCAAGGUGAUAUGCGAAAAGUUCUAAAUAUUUUGCAAAGUGCUGCCACAGCUUUUCCAGAAGUAAACGAAGAUUCUGUGUAUACAUGUGUUGGUCAUCCUUUAAAAAGUGAUAUUAUGAACAUUUUGAAAUGGCUCUUAAAUGAUGACUUUUCAUCUACUUAUCAAAAAAUUCAAGGACUAAAAAUUGAUAAAGGUUUAGCUUUGCAAGACAUAUUAACAGAACUACAUACAUUUUUAUAUAGAUUGGAUUUACCGCCAGAAGCCCUUAUUGAUUUACUGACUGAAAUGGCUGAAAUUGAAGUUCGUCUUAAUGGUGGAACUAGUGAAAAAAUUCAUCUGAGUGGAUUAAUUAGUGCAUUUCAUGUGAUUCGACCCAAGUUAAUUCCCGCAGAUGCUUAAUCGUAGAUUUUAAAUAUAUUUAUGUCUCACUAAAUACUUUUACACUUUUAAAAAUUAAUAUUGAACUUUAAAAGAUUUAUUGUAUAAUAAUUUGUAAGUUUGCUGUAGUUUACUUAAAAACAUAAUAUUCUAAAAGAAAUACAUUAUUUAUUUAUUUUUACAUUUUCUAUAAGCUGUUUUUUUAAAUUUAUUAAUAGUUUUACAUUUUUUUAAACAACUGAAGUAUUGAAUUUUUUCCCUUUUUUAUAAUUAAAUUAUAAAUCCUAUUUCAAUGCAUGUUAAAACCUUAAGGUAUAGACAUUUUAUAAGCACUUUUAAUAAAAAAUCACAUUAUUAAAAAAUAGAUAAGUAUAAUUUACUUUUAUAUUUUUGUUUUGUUCAAUUUAACUAUUUAUAUACAUAUACAAUCUAAUAAAAUAUUUUAUAAGUAAUGUCCGUACAAAAAUAGUUCGAUACAACAAUUAAUGUAAAAAAUUAUAUAAUGAUAAUAAUAAAUUAGUGUUAAGUAGGAGCCAGAAUGGUAUGCUGUAAAAUUGUUACAUUGCUUCAUACGAUUCAAUUUAUAGAAGAAAAAAAAACUUUACCCUAAAACUGGUUAUUUAUACAGCUUCGAGAUCG